AUGCCGCCGACGCCGAGUGGCGGCGGCAGAAUGACGCUCGCCGGCGUCGCGACCGCGCCGCGCGCGCUCGCGGACACGCGACGGGCGACGAUGGCGAAGACGAUCGUCGGCGCGCUCGCGCCGCUCGUCGCGGCGCGCGCGCGCGCGAGCGACGGCGUCGUGAUCGUGGAAGAAACCGUCGGUCGCGGCGUCGAGGUGCUCGCCGGCGUCGACGUCGUCAAGGUGAAUUACACCGUCGCGCUCGCGUCGAGCAAGGCGAGGGUCGACUCGGCAAAGUUUUUCGUCUUCGGCGUCGGCGCCGGAGAGGUGGUCGAAGGAUUCGACGCGAUCGUGGGCGGGGACGGGGCGACGCCGCCGAUGCGCGUCGGCGGCGCGCGAAGAGCGGUGGUGCCGGCGGCGCUGGCGUACGGCGAUCGCGGCGCGGGGUGCGAUAAGACGGGAAAUGCGUGUUCGAUUCCGCCAGGGGAAGAUUUAGAGUUCACCGUGGAGCUUUUAGAGGUCAAGUGA